AUGCCUACGGUUAAUCAACUGGUAAGAAAGCCCAGGGUCAAGGUCGUGAAGAAGACCAAAAAUCGCGUGAAGCGGACCACCGGCUCCCCGCAAAAGAGGGGCGUCUGUGUCCAGGUGCGCACCGUCACUCCCAAGAAACCGAACUCCGCCUUGAGGAAGGUUGCCCGCGUGCGCCUGGCCAACGGGAUGGAAGUUACGGCGUACAUCCCCGGAGAGGGACACACCCUUCAGGAGCACUCCGUUGUCCUCAUAAGAGGCGGCAGGGUAAAGGACCUACCUGGGGUCAGGUAUCACAUUGUCAGAGGCGCUUUGGACUGUACCGGAGUGGUUAAUCGGAAGCGUGGGCGGAGCAAGUACGGCACCAAAGCAGCCGCGGUGCCGGGGAGGUAG